AUGACCCCUCAACUGCCGAAAUGCGACGUCUGCCUCGACCUCGACAAGGAGCUCUUGGAACGUAAGCUCCACGGAGAAGCCUAUUCUUGCUAUCUCGAGGAGAUCAUUGCAUCCUCGGAAAAGUGUCAAACAUGCAGCCUCCUGCUUAAGGCUGUCCGGCACUCUUUCCCGGAGGUUUUUGCCAAGCCAGCAUUCUUCCAGCUCUAUUUCUCUUAUUUCGGUGGAAAAGGACACCAACGGUCCAACGAUGUUUUCGGAUUGAGCAUCUCACCGAGAGAGUUCCCUGAUACAGACGAUGAUCCUCUGGAGAUGAUACCCGGUGGCUGGAAGCCUCGCGUUCUUCACAUCUUUUCUGUGCAAGACAAGCCCAACCCCUGGCCGUUAUUUGGCGGAGGUUCUGUUAUCUCCUCCGACCGCCAAGCUUUGGCUGCGCAAGCGAAGGGAUGGAUCUAUGAUUGCGAAAAGAAUCAUCCUGACUGUCGGAGGGCCCAGACCAGUCUCCCCAAACGGGUCGUUCAGAUGGUACCUGGGCCGGGGUCUGGCAUUUGUACAGUGCGCCUUCACGAGCCGCUUCAGGAUACUCAAGGCGCAUAUGCCUGUCUCAGCCAUUGCUGGGGCAAGCAUCAGAUCAUCACCACGACGAAAAGCAACUUCAACCAGCAUCAGGACGAAAUCCCGUGGGACGAUCUUUCAACCACUUUUCAAGACGCCAUUGAGUUUUGUUUGCAUUUGGGACUGGAGUUUGUCUGGAUUGACUCGCUAUGCAUCGUGCAGGACGACGCGGAGGACUGGAAACAAGAGGCCGUCAAAAUGGCAACGUACUACACCAACGCCCAUGUCACCCUGGCCGCAACAGCAGCUCCUGAUGGAACCGUUGGACUGUUCCCCAAACCUCAUGUCGAGGAUCAGCCUCUAGUGCUGGAAGGUACCAAUGACCGCGGAGAACAGUACUACCUCGUUGCUCGAACUUCGAUCAACCACGUCUUCGAAGACGAGCAGGACGCACUUACCGAGUUCCCACUGAUGACCCGAGGAUGGGUUUACCAAGAGCACAUUUUAUCCCGGCGCUUCCUUCACUUUGGAAGGAGAGAACUCAUGUGGGAGUGUCACUCUGCUACACAUUGCCAGUGUGGCGUUAUACCCAAGCAGCCAAGGUCUGAUUACACGACGAACCAGGUCCUCAGCGUCACCAAGACUGGCCUGGACGUAACAAACAAAAAGUCCAGACGGAGAAUGUGGUAUGAUAAUGUUGAGGCAAUCAUGAACCUAAACUUUACAUACUUUAAGGAUAGACUUCCUGCUGCUGCGGGAGUGGCAAAGCGGCUGGCGAAGGGAGCCACUGGCAGAUACUUGGCAGGUUUAUGGGAAGAUUGUCUCAUCGCGGAUCUUUGCUGGUCGAUCCUCGAGAAUGGGGAAAGACCGGAUGAACUGAAAGGUUUCCCAUCCUGGUCCUGGGGAUCUGUAUCUGGGGGGCUGGCAACACUCUGGUGUCAGUCUGACCUUGAUGAUGACAAGGUGAAGCCAGUAGCCACAGUCCUUGAGAUCAGCUGCGAGCCCGACCCUCCGUCAUUCCUGGGCCAUGUGGACCGAGCCACACUGGUUAUUGAGAGUCGAGUUGCCACUUUAACUAUAUCUUCAGUUGAUGAGGGGGGCAGAAGGGUACGAGAAAUACGGUUCAAAAACGCUAAGCUGUACGGAGAGCUGGGUGGGAGCUGGACUUUUCAUCCUGACAUUCAGAACUGGGGAAUGGAUGACGCAGCGUCGGAAGUAUUCGUUGUAGAGAUGAUUAGAGAAACGGUUGAUGAAAAGGUAAAGUCGGCUACUUUUCUGGUUCUGCAGCCUGAUCAAGACCUGUUUCGACGCGUUGGGCUCUUGAGGGCUCAGGUGAGGAGGAGGAGAGGGGCGCCUGAUCAAGGCUUGACGUUUCUGGAUCACUUUUUGAGUGAGGCUACAACAGUGACGGUAAAUAUCUAUUAA